UGUGUCUCGUGCCGCAGGAGGACAGGAUGGCGGGAGGACGUCGGGGUCUCGUGGCUCCUCAGAACACGUUCCUGGAAAACAUCGUCCGCAGGUCCAACGAUACAAACUUCGUGCUGGGGAACGCUCAGAUCGUCGACUGGCCGAUCGUCUACAGCAACGACGGCUUCUGCAAACUGUCUGGUUACCACCGAGCAGAGGUCAUGCAGAAGAGCAGCACCUGCAGCUUCAUGUACGGAGAGCUGACGGACAAAGAAAUGAGUGAGAAGGUUCGUCUGACCUUUGAGAACUAUGAGAUGAACUCUUUUGAGAUUCUGAUGUACAAGAAGAACCGGAUGCCCGUUUGGUUUUUUGUGAAGAUUGCUCCAAUCAGGAACGAGCAGGACAAAGUCGUCCUGUUUCUCUGCACCUUCAGUGACAUCACCGCCUUCAAGCAACCAAUCGAGGAUGACUCCUCAAAAGGUUGGGGUAAAUUUGCCCGUCUGACUCGAGCGUUAACCAGCAGUCGAGGAGUUCUCCAGCAGCUCGCUCCGGCCGUGCAGAAAGGAGAGAACGUCCACAAACACUCACGGCUGGCGGAGGUUCUCCAGCUGGGGUCGGACAUCUUGCCUCAGUACAAACAGGAAACGCCGAAGACGCCGCCACAUAUCAUCCUGCACUACUGCCUCUUCAAGACCACGUGGGACUGGGUCAUCCUCAUCCUCACCUUCUACACCGCCAUCAUGGUGCCCUACAACGUCUCCUUCAAGACCAAGCAGAACAACGUCACCUGGCUGGUGGUGGACAGCAUCGUGGACGUCAUCUUCCUCGUCGACAUCGUCCUCAACUUUCACACCACCUUCGUCGGCCCGGCCGGAGAAGUCAUCUCCGACCCGAAACUAAUCCGCAUGAACUACGUCAAAACCUGGUUCGUCAUCGACCUGCUGUCCUGUUUGCCUUAUGACGUAAUCAACGCCUUCGAAAACGUGGAUGAGGGAAUCAGCAGUCUCUUCAGCUCGCUCAAAGUCGUCCGUCUGCUGCGUCUGGGCCGGGUCGCCAGGAAGCUGGACCACUACAUCGAGUAUGGCGCGGCGGUUCUCGUGUUGCUGGUGUGCGUGUUCGGCCUGGCGGCCCAUUGGCUGGCCUGCAUCUGGUACAGCAUCGGAGACUACGAGGUGAUUGAUGAGGACGCCAACACGGUGAGAAUGGACAGCUGGCUGUACCUGCUGGGAGAGACUGUCGGGACGCCCUACAGAUUCAAUGCCUCGGGCUCGGGCCGCUGGGAGGGCGGGCCCAGCAAAGACUCGGUCUACAUCACCUCGCUGUACUUCACCAUGACCAGCCUGACCAGCAUCGGCUUCGGAAACAUCGCGCCAAACACGGACGGAGAGAAGAUCUUCGCCGUGGCCAUGAUGAUGAUCGGAUCGCUGCUGUACGCCACCAUCUUCGGUAACGUCACCACCAUCUUCCAGCAGAUGUACGCCAACACAAACCGUUACCAUGAGAUGCUCAACAGUGUGAGAGACUUCCUCAAACUCUACCAAGUCCCCAAAGGUCUGAGUGAGCGAGUGAUGGAUUACAUUGUGUCCACCUGGUCCAUGUCCAGAGGCAUCGACACCGAUAAGGUCCUGCAGAUCUGUCCGAAGGACAUGCGAGCGGACAUCUGCGUCCACCUCAACAGGAAGGUGUUUAAGGAACAUCCGGGAUUUCGGCUGGCGAGCGACGGCUGCCUGCGAGCCCUCGCCAUGGAGUUCCAGACCGUCCACAGUGCGCCGGGCGACCUCAUCUUCCACGCCGGGGAGAGCGUGGACAGCCUCUGUUUCGUGGUGUCGGGGUCACUGGAGGUCAUCCAGGAUGACGAGGUGGUGGCCAUUUUGGGUAAAGGGGACGUGUUCGGGGACGUCUUCUGGAAGGAGAUGACGUUGGCCCAGUCGUGUGCCAACGUGAGAGCGUUGACCUACUGCGACCUUCACAUCAUCAAACGAGACGCGCUGCAGAAAGUCCUCGAGUUUUACGCCAACUUCGCAAACCACUUCGCCCGAAACCUGGUUCUCACGUACAACCUGAGGAAGAGG